AUGACCAGGAAGAAGAAGCCUAAGGACAUGCCUCCGCGCAGCAGCCCCGCAGUCUCCGUCGAAUCCUCCGUCUCCACCGGUCCUUCUGCCUCGGCGCCUGUCCUUCCUAUCACCGCGUUCCCAUCGGAAAGGUCUUCAGAUCUCGAGGUUCCUAAGCUACCUGAAUCGUUAAUUGCCCCAGCUAGCUCGUGUCCCGUGAAUUUCCAGAGCUCUUCGCCUCCCGAAGUUGCCGAAUCUGAAAAACCUAACUCACAAAUCUCAGCUACGGUCGAAAUCGUACCUGAGGAUGAAAGUACUGAGGCUACCUCCGGGCUCCCUAACUCUGGAAAGUACCCUCAAAUUGCGAUCUUGCCGGCUCCCGUCAGUCCCAAAUCGCCUAUAGCUAACCGAAAGUCUCCAUCCAGUAAUGGAGCAGCGGUUCAAACAUCUCUCUGGAAAGAGAAGGUCAGUCCGAACUCUGGUAGAAUGGACCCGGAAGGGACUCCGUUUCUGCUGGACUCCGGUGAAGCUUGUGUUAAGAUACCAAACUCAGUGAUCGAACGCAACAAGAAGGCAUGGGAUAGCUUUAUCAUUGGGCAAUUCUAUGAGGAAGCCCCUGCUCGUGGAGCGGUCCGAGCCAUUGUAAAUGGUAUGUGGAGCAAGCACAGACGAGAUAUCGCUGUAUCGAAGAUGGAAGGAAAUGCGUUCUUGUUUCGUGUCCCUUGUCCGCACGCUCGCCGUCACAUUCUCUCCCAAUGUCUUUGGCAAGUUGACGGCCAAACAAUGUUUGUAGCGAAGUGGUCUCCGGGAACCAAACCUGAGAAGCCGUCGCUAUCGACUGUUCCAGUCUGGUUAGACCUUGAAGGUGUCCCACUGCAGUUCUUCAACAGGGAUGCCCUUAAAGAAAUCGCUGGCCUCGUUGGACAUCCUAUUUGCCUGCACCCGACCACUGAAAAUCUUACCAACAUCGAGGUGGCUCGAGUUUACACUGUCAUUGAUCCACGGAAGCCGCUUCCUGAAGCUGUAAACGCUCAAUUCGAAUCCGGUGAGGUGGUUCGUAUAAAAGUUUCUUGCCCAUGGCUGCCAUCUCUAUGCUCCCACUGCUCCAAAGUGGGUCAUACGAUCUCUCGCUGCCCUGCUGCGCCACCUAGAUGUGAACUUUGUCGUUCAGUCAAGCAUACUACUGCUGAUUGCACGAGGACAAACGCCAACUUGGAUAGGUCCAAGGUGAACACUGCUAAGCGCAAUGGGAAAGCCCCUAUCCAAAGCCAGCUACCUUUCGUCGGUUCUGGUGUUACUGAUACUGGGCGCCCCAAGAACCCUUCUAAAGUUCUCUCUAAAACAAAGAAUGUGCCCACCAAGCAGUGGCAGCCAACUAAAAACAACAGCAUAAACCAACCUUCGCAUGGUGUCCCUGCUGUAGUUAAUGGUCACAAGCAGCCAGCGUCCUCUUCUCAUGAUUUAACGCUUGCCAGAUCUCCUGUCAGCUCCUCAUCCUCUGACACAGAUGAUCAAGAAUCAGAAGGGUUAUCUAACGAAGAGGACAACCCAGAUGAUGAAGGAGAUCAAGGUUUCAAUGACAAAAAGAAACGUUACGGAUUUAGGAAAUGGUUUAGGACUAAUAAGCCGAUCUUCGGUGGUCUGUUGGAGACUCAUGUCAGUGCAAACAAUGCUGUCUCUAUCAUUAACAGAGUUUUCCCCGGGUGGCAUUAUGAUUGUAAUUAUGAAUUCUCAGAUUUAGGAAAAAUCUGGAUUUUGUGGCAUCCUUCAGUUUCUGUCUCGGUGCUUCAGAAAUCACUUCAAUGCAUUUCGUGCUCUGUUAAGCUUCCUUUUGUUCCUUUGAAGCUGGCAGUCACUUUUGUUUACGGUGCUAACGACAGGAAAGUCCGUCGUGAGCUUUGGUCUGACCUUCGUUACCUCUCGUCUUCUCCAAUUAUUGCUCAAGUCCCUUGGACUGUUCUAGGGGAUUUCAACCAAAUUCUAGCCCCUUCAGAACACUCUAAAGCUAGCACCAUUUCAUCUACCAGAGGUAUGCGAGAUUUUCUCAAUUGCACUAUUGAUUCUGAUUUGUCAGACCUGCCUUUCUGUGGGAAUGACUUCACGUGGUCAAAUAAUCAAGGAGCAUCCGUGGUAUCUAAGAAGUUGGACCGUAUUCUAGUAAAUGAUGUAUGGCUGAGUAAAUUCCCCAACUCGCUGGGAGUGUUUGGUGACCCUGGCAUCUCAGACCAUAGCCCAAGCUGUGUCUAUCUGGACACUUCUAGACCACAGCAGAAGCUUCCUUUCAAGUUCUUCUCGAUGCUAAAUGACAACCCUGAUUUUGCGCCUCUUAUAGCUGAAUGUUGGAACUCUCUCCCCUUUGAAGGUACGAUGAUGCUCAGAGUCUCAAAAAAGCUUAAGGAGCUUAAGAGUAUUAUCAGAACCUUCAGUCGGGACAACUAUUCUGGGAUUGAAAAAAGAGUCUCUGAAGCUUUUGAUGAGCUGACACAGUGUCAGCGUCUAGUCUUGUCUUCGCCCUCUCCUCAGGCUGGUAUUAAUGAAAGAAAUGCAUACGAUAAAUGGGCAAAGCUUGCUCGAGCUGAGGAGUCUUUCUUUUACCAGCGUUCUCGGGUCACUUGGCUGGACAAAGGAGACGCUAGCACGACCUUCUACCAUCGUCAAGUGAGAACCAGAAUCUCUCAAAAUCAGGUUAUUUUCUUGCAAGAUGAUAGGGGUAACGUGCUUGACUCGAAGGAAGAUAUUCUGAAUCAUAUUGUGGGGUACUACGAGUCGCUGCUAGGAGGUGCCUCUUCUGCUACUGCUUCUUCCUUCGAUGAUUUGUCCAACCUGCUCUCGUACAGAUGCUCCCCUGCAAUUAGAGAAACUCUAGAGGCCCCGGUUACAAGCACAGACAUCCAAGCAGCUUUCUUCUCCUUACCGAAGAACAAAGCUCCGGGUCCUGACGGUUACCCAGCUGAGUUCUUUACACAUCAUUGGAAAACAGUUGGGCAGGAGAUGAUUAUGGCGGUGCAAGAGUUCUUUGUCUCAGGGAAGAUGCUACAGCAGUGGAACACGACGAUUCUGACGCUUAUCCCUAAGAAACAGAAUGCGGUGCUGGUAUCAGACUUCCGCCCCAUCUCGUGUUGCAACACUGUUUAUAAGGUAGUCUCAAAGCUACUAGCAAACAGGUUGAAGCAAGUUCUUCCUUCAGUGAUCUCCAAGACACAAUCUGCUUUCAUUCCGGGUAGAUUGCUGGUGGAAAAUGUUCUCAUGGCCACAGAAUUGAUUCAAGGCUACAACUGGAAAAAUAUAUCGAAGCGUUCUCUCCUUAAAGUUGAUCUUAAGAAAGCAUUUGACUCCCUCAACUGGAGUUUUAUUCUGCUUAUUCUAAAGUUACUGUGCUUUCCUGAGUCGUUUAUAAAUUUGAUUUCCCAAUGCAUCACUACCACGAGAUUUUCGGUUGCGGUCAAUGGUGAGUUGGGAGGAUAUUUCAGAGGUGCGCGGGGACUACGCCAAGGCGACCCUCUCUCGCCGUAUUUAUUUGUCCUCGCUAUGGAAGUUUUUGCGCAGCUACUGAACAAGAAAUUUCAAAAUGGCGAUAUUGGUUAUCACCCGGCCGCCCAAAACCCGGAUAUUUCUCACCUUGCUUUUGCGGAUGAUAUAAUGGUAUUCUUUGAUGGACAACAUAGCUCUCUGCAACAGAUUGUAACGACUCUUCACAGCUUUUCAUCUUGGUCUGGUCUCUCAAUGAAUAGAAGCAAAACAGAGCUCUAUGUGGCGGGAUUGAGCCAGACGGAAACCUCAGACCUGACAAGUCUCGGUUUCUCUCUCGGAUCACUUCCCGUCCGCUACCUUGGUCUUCCUCUUAUGCACCGCAAGCUUCGCAUUUGUGACUACAGGCCCCUUAUAGACCAGCUCAAGAAGCGUUUCUCUUCAUGGACAUCUCGAGCACUCUCCUUUGCAGGAAGGCGCCAGCUACUAUCUUCGGUAAUAUUUGGCACUCUAAACUUCUGGUUCUCCUCCUUUAUUCUCCCUAAAGGUUGUAUCAAGGCGAUUGAAUCACUCUGUACUCGAUUCCUUUGGAAUGGUAACAUCACAAGUAAAGCGUCUGCUAAGGUCUCUUGGAAGGUAGUGUGUCUCCCUCGCUCUGAAGGCGGUUUGGGACUCAGGGACCUCUGCAUCUGGAACAAAACCCUGUCGCUGAAACUUGUCUGGCUACUGCACAGUGAAUCUGAGUCCUUAUGGGCAGCAUGGACCAAGCAACAUCGCCUUAAAGGAGCCAGCAUAUGGAGCUUAGAUGCACAGAAGCAGUCAUCUUGGAUCUGGAAAUCAAUCUUGAAGCUUAGGCCCACAGCUGAAAGGUUCCUAAGAUGUGACAUUGGCGAUGGAACAUUAGCUAGCUUCUGGUUCGAUUAUUGGUUACCAAUUGGGCCUCUCGUCAACUUGUUUGGGCCUAGUGGUCCUUCACAGCUAGGAGUCCCACUUCAUGCUAAAGUAGCUGACUGCUGCUCUAGUUCGGGUUGGGUCCUGAGACCAGCGCGCUCUCCUCAGGCAGAGCAGCUUCACAUCAUCCUCUGCUCUAUCCAAACGCCAUCCCUUUCAUCAAUCAAAGACAGCUACAAAUGGUAUGUUGAUGAUCUUUAUCUUGACUAUUUCUCCACUUCAAGAACUUGGGAAAGUGUUAGGAAUAGGUCUGAUCAAGUUGACUGGAAUUCUGUGGUGUGGUUUGGUGGUCAUAUACCGAGACAUGCUUUUCACAUGUGGGUUACUCAUCUGGAUAGACUGCCAACAAGAGCACGUAUCGCGUCAUGGACUCCAAACACAGUAACAACCUGUCUAUUGUGUGAUGUGUGUGAAGAAAACAGGGAUCAUCUUUUCCUCAAAUGCAGAUUCAGUGAGCAAAUCUGGAAAAUGGCCACUACGAGGCUAGGAUAUCAGCCAUUCUUGUUCCACACAUGGACCUCUCUCAUUGAGUGGCUUAGGAUUAAGGUCUCUAUUUGCCCUGGGACGCUCAGAAAGCUAACUGCUCAAGCAGUGAUCUAUCAUAUAUGGCUGGAGAGGAACAAUCGCUUGCAUAAUGCAGUUAACUCCACUCCUCAGCGUAUCUUCAAGGAGAUCGAUCGCCAGGUCAGAAACAUAAUUCUAGCUCGUAAGGGAAGGAAAAAGUUCGUCUCCCUUAUGUGCAUAUGGCUCAAGCAUUCUUAG